UGUUUCUCCAAUCACAUCUCUACUUUAUGCCUUUCAAAUUAACCAUGAUGCUUUGAAUCAUUUGUCUUUUUUCUUUUCUGGGAUUCGCUUGGUUUUCUUUUCUUUCUUGAAAUUUCUGGGAAACCAUAGUUCUUGAUUCUUGAUUCUUCUGAGUCUUUUCUACUAUCAUUUUCUUUUUUGACCUAGUGUUUGAUGUUGGAAUUCUUUGGUUGUUGCAUUUUUCCUGUUGGAAGCAGCCUUUUUUCUUUGUUGGUUUUGGCUUGGUGUUGAUUACAUUUUGUUUUUCUUGGAUUUUUAUUUCUUUCCAAUUUAGAAUUUCUCUACUGAAGCUCUGUAAUCUUGAUUCCAUCCGGUGUUUUUGGGAAAUCCAUUCUAGUGAUGGCCAUGGAUGCUGUUCUUAACCUGGGGAGUAACUUGGCUAAAGUGCCCCUUUUUACGCUCUUCAAGGAUACAAGUAAUGUUUUCAGGAAUGAUGAGUUAGGGAUAGAAAUAGCACAAAUUGCAGUUCCUGCAGCGCUUGCUUUAGCAGCAGAUCCUGUUGCUUCUCUAAUUGAUACAGCAUUCAUUGGGCAUAUAGGACCUGUGGAGCUUGCUGCUGUGGGAGUUUCUAUUGCUGUUUUUAGUCAAGUGUCAAAGAUCGCAAUAUUCCCACUUGUCAGUGUCACAACUUCUUUUGUUGCUGAGGAAGACACUACUGGAAAAUUGAGUACUGAACUUCAGGAAAAUGCAACACUUGAAGAUGAUUUUGCUGUCAACAAGGAAAUGGAAGAGCUGUUACCUAAAGCUGAGUCUACUCACAAAUCAUCCCCUGUGAGCAGUAUUUCCACCAAAAGGGUUUAUGAGAGAAGGCACAUACCAUCUGCUUCUUCAGCAUUGGUUGUUGGUUGUGUGCUUGGCAUCAUCCAGGCUUUAUUUCUCAUUAUGGCAGCAAAACCAAUCCUAAACUACAUGGGCGUACAUCCUGAUUCUCCCAUGCUAAUACCAGCACAACAAUACUUGACAUUGAGGUCACUGGGUGCUCCUGCUGUCCUUCUUUCUUUAGCCAUGCAAGGGGUUUUCCGAGGAAUUAAGGAUACAAAAACUCCUUUGUAUGCUACUGUUGUGGGAGAUGUAGCAAAUAUCAUCUUGGAUCCGAUAUUUAUAUUCGUUUUCCGGCUGGGAGUCAGCGGUGCAGCCAUUGCUCAUGUUAUUUCUCAGUACCUAAUCUCCCUGAUGCUGUUGUGGAAAUUAAUUGAACAAGUUGAGCUAUUGCCUCCUAGCAUUAAAGAUCUACAAUUUAGCCGAUUUCUCAAAAAUGGAUUUAUGCUGUUGAUGAGGGUAAUAGCUGCAACAUUCUGUGUCACCCUGGCUGCAUCAAUGGCAGCAAGACAUGGAUCUACUUCAAUGGCUGCAUUUCAGGUUUGCUUGCAGAUUUGGUUGGCAACUUCUUUGCUUGCAGAUGGGCUGGCUGUGGCUGGACAGGCAAUCCUUGCAAGUGCAUUUGCAAAUAAUGAUUACGACAAGGCCAAAGCCACUGCUUCUCGUGUGUUGCAGUUUGGUUUGGUUUUAGGGCUAUUCCUCUGGGUCUUCCUUUUAGUUGGAUUACAGUUUGCUUCAACAUUAUUUACAGAAGACACCAAUGUUUUAAACCUUAUUAGCGUGGGCAUCCCGUUUGUUACAGCAACUCAGCCCAUUAAUGUUUUAGCCUUCGUUUUCGACGGAAUCAACUUUGGAGCAUCUGAUUUUGCAUAUUCUGCAUACUCAAUGGUUUUGGUGUCAAUGAUGAGCAUCCUAUGCUUGUUUAUAUUAUCCUCUAGUCAUGGCUUCUACGGCAUUUGGGUUGCAUUGAGCAUUUUUAUGAGUUUACGUGCAUUAGCCGGCUUUUUGAGAAUAGGAACUGGAAUGGGGCCUUGGAGCUUUCUCAGGACCUGACCAUCUCCUCCAUUUGUUCAUCUACAUUAUUCCAUGAGUUUUUUAAUGGCAAAUAACAAGUUCGUUGGGGGUGGAUAGCAUUUUGGCAUUUUGGUCCUCCAAGCUGUAUAUAUUACACUUUAUAGAUGUAUACACAAUUGAUACAAACAGCCACUGUAAUCAAUUCAUCUAAAUUUCACGCCAACAUGCUUUUACGUGCUAGCAAAAUCCUGUUUCGUAGACUCUGUAUAUGAUCUUCCUGCUUGUAGAUUUCAAUUUUUGUAGAGACUGAUUCUAGCAGUAUGAAGAGGAAUUAGAGAAUCAAGGCCAGAAAAUGGCUCUUGGAAACAAGAUUGUCGAAAAUGUUCCGUUGAUUAUCAAAGGAACACAUUUGCCAUUAA